UGGCGGUAGGAGAUGACUGACACCAGGUCCUAACAUGUUCUUACUGGAUAACACAGCAAGUUUAAUAGAAAAUACCAAUUACUUUAAUAUUUAAGUAUAAGAAACAACUUUAGCAUCGUCAUUAAACGUCAUUAUAUCAAAUCAUCGAUCAGCUGUUUGAAUACGGUAAGGUUUAUCAUUGUUUUGUAACCGCGGGAUGGUAUCAAAGAUCAACUCCUGUGUCAUAACCAAGGUCUUGAGGAGGACGCUUGGUCACAUCGGGGAAGUUACUCCAUUUCCCCAAAAUGUCACUUAAGGACGACUCUGAAAAUGACAUCUGGGAAUAUAAAUCUAUCGGAAAGAGAAAGAAGACACCGGAACAGCUGCCUGGUGUUAGAACUGUUAGUAAAAGAAGAUGCACCCUCAGAAAAGCCUGCAGGAGAGACACUGUUGUCUCUGUCGAGACAUUUGAAGGGACUGAAAAAGGGACGAAAGUUGAAGAAAGUACUUCGGUUAAAGAUGGACACAGCAACUCAGAGAAAUUCACUCUGCCUCUAGAGUCAUCAGCUUCCUGUGAGGAGGCAGUCCACACAGUCAGUGCUGCUGCAGAGGGACUGUCCUCUGUAGACUUCUGUCCCAUGUGUCAGAUUCCCCUUUCAGCCUUGGUGGUGCAGAGUCAGAGAUGGCAUGUUGCUGAAUGUGUUGACAUCCCCAGGCACAAAUGCACAGAAUGUCCAGAUGGCCUACAGUGUUCUUCUACCAUUCCAAGCCAUUACAAGAAUUUUAACCACACGCUCCUUGCCCACAGCAGAGCAAAUGGUGACGCAGCCCUCCUCAGUCUGUCUCAGCAGGCUGAGAACAAUGGAGAGUCGAGCUUUAGUCAUCUGCCUGGAUUGAUAAAAAAUGAGGUGGAUGACUUAGUGUUAGAUAAUUCACAGGACAGGGCUGUCAGUCCUUCUGUCUUAUCCCCUCAUAACAGCAAUAACACCAGAACACCUCCGUCUAAACUCACAAAUGGACUUCUGUUGCUGCGCUCUCCUGGCCCGGAGGAUUUAAAGAAAAAGAAAGGCUGGUCGUCCUCUACUAAACGCAACAAGCCUGUCAGAGCAUCCCAAGAAAGUAAAACAGAGCCAGAGGAAGUCAGUGGAGGACAAGGUUGUGAUGGUUCUUCAAAAUGUGAGCCUCAUCCUGAAAAUGAUGAUUUCAUAUCAUACUCACCUCUUUCUGAGUUACCUCCACAAGCUGAAGAUAGUAAGAGUGAGUGUAGGAAACAACUUUUUAAUGGUGGUGCAUAUGAAUUUGAUGAUAAUGAUAAGUCAGUGAUACUGCUUAGUGAUGGCUUUUCAAGUGAAGAUGAGCUGCUAACUCAAUUUAUAGAUAAUUUCGAAACCAAUAAAGCAGACCUGUCAUCCUCCAACAUCCAGCUGGAGCCAGUUCCCUCAUUAGCACCCACUGAUCAGCCAGCUGCUGCUGAACGCAGAGCAGGUUCCACUCAGAAUGAAGCUGCCAGUGCAGUUAGUCCAUGUAAAACUAGCAUUCAGUCUCCACAAAGUAUUGUUUUAGAGCGCCUGAGAGAAAAUCUCCUCAGCUCUGAUAGCCUGGAUUUAAGAAACUUGAACGAGACCAUUCAGUUAGAGCAGCCUCACACAAAUUCUCAUCAAGUACCUGCAGCUCAAACCUCAACUCCCCAAAGACCUCAAACUAUGACACCACAGAAGGGCCAAAGCAAAGCCGCUCAUGCUUCUGGUCUGAAGCAGACAGACAUUGGAGUGUUUUUUGGCCUCAAACCCCUGAAAGUGAAGGAGAAAGUGGCUGAGAGUGGACCAAAUGAGCUAAACCCUGUUUCAACUCCAAUGCGCGGUGAGAACUCGGGACACAGACGACCAAGGAGAGACGGCCAGAGGAAAAGUAGGGCUGACACAACCACAAAUACCUCACAGGGAACAGCGACUGUAGGAAGCAGCAAUGCAGUAAACACUCAGGGAGGAGCAAGGAGUGGUUGGAGCAGUGGAUGGAGAAGUAGAAGGAACAGAGUGGACGCUAAUGGGGAAGUUCAGUUACCACGUUGUCCUUUCUACAAGAAGAUCCCAGGGACAAAGUUUGUAAUAGAUGCUUUUCAGUACGGAGAGAUUGAGGGCAUCGCUGCCUACUUCCUCACACAUUUCCACUCGGACCACUACGGAGGGUUGACCAAGAACUCCACCCUUCCAAUCUACUGUAACAAAAUUACAGGCAACCUGGUGAAAAGCAAACUGAAGGUGGCAGAGCAGUAUGUCCACGUCCUCCCCAUGAACACACAGGUGACUGUGGAAGGAGUCCGCGUCAUCCUCCUUGAUGCCAACCAUUGUCCAGGAGCUGCCAUGCUGCUGUUCUUCCUGCCUGAUGGACAGACUGUCCUCCACACCGGCGACUUCAGAGCGGAUCCGUCGAUGGAAACUUACCCCGAGUUACUCAGCUGCAGGGUGCAGACGCUCUACCUGGACACCACCUACUGCAGUCCCGAGUAUACGUUCCCACGGCAACAAGAGGUUGUCAACUUUGCAGCGAACACUGCCUUUGAGCUGGUGACGCUCAACCCACGGACGCUCGUGGUAUGUGGUUCCUACUCUGUGGGGAAAGAGAAGGUGUUUUUGGCACUGGCAGACAUCCUGGGCUCUAAAGUGUGCCUCUCGAGAGAUAAAUACAACACAAUGUGUUGUCUGGAGUCGGAGGAAAUCAAACAGCGCAUCACCACCGACUGGAAGGCGGCCCAAGUCCACGUGCUGCCCAUGAUGCAGAUCUCCUUCAAUAAACUGCAGCAACACCUGGCUCGGUUUACAACACAGUAUGAUCAGCUGGUGGCCUUCAAACCCACAGGCUGGACCUUCAGCCAGCAGGUGGAGUCAGUGGAAGAUAUCGAGCCUGCGAUCAGUGGCAACGUCUCCAUUUACGGAGUCCCGUACAGUGAACACAGCGGCUUCCUGGAGUUGAAGCGCUUUGUCCAGUGGGUGCAGCCGCUCAAGAUCAUCCCCACAGUGAACAAUGGCAGCUGGACGAGCAGGAAGGCUAUGGAGAAGUGCUUUAGCGAGUGGCUCAAGGAAACUAAAUCUAAACGGUAGCUUAUUUACCAGUAAAGUGUUAUUACCUCUGCUGCACAUUUCACAUUACCUAAAGGGAUAGCUCAGGGUUUCUUUGAAGUGGGGUUUUAUGACACAUACAUUAUAGUCAGUGUCUUCAUCUGACUGCACUCUGCAUGCUCCCUGCACUGAGAAGCAGCACAUACAGUGGAUGCAAGUGCGCCAAAAACAGAUUUUAGCCACUUCAUAAAUGAGCAACUGAAUAAAAUCUACACCAGCUUCAAGGUACGAUAUCUUAAAAAUAUGUGUGCCACUAUCUCUCUUCUCAGCAGUGGAUUAAAAGUUGGAUGUUAAAUUGCUUAUUCUGUCAAGAUGAAGUGGUGAACCUAUUGUCAAAAUUGCAUCCACAUAGGUUUUGAUUUUAGAAGGUGAACAUCUUGUUUAGUGGCUUAAAUCUACAUGUAGAACUCAGUCAGCUCUACCCCUUCUUUUGAGAAAUCUGCACUAUCCUUUUAAAGUGCAAUAUGACCAUGGAUAACAAAUGUUGUAGUCUGCUCAAUGUAUAACUAUUUCAACACUAAAAUAAAAGAAUGAAGUUAAGAUGAACUUGUAUCAUGAAACCACAGGAAAGUAUUUUCCAUUGGAGCUGAAGGAAUGGGAUGUUUGGCUGCUUCCAGUUAUAACUGUUUGUGCCUAAAAUGUAUAUUCCUCUUUGAAACUGUACAGUUUGUCUGUAUUUCUGUUUUAAUGCUGAGAAAAUAAAUGUUUUAAAUGUU